AUGGCUAUGACAUCAAUAAUUGAUAAUAAUUACAAUCAAUUUAAUAUUAGAUAUGAUAAAAAUACUAUUCAUCCUUAUCAAUCUUUAAUUACAAAAUUACCUCCUUAUAUUAUUCAACAAAUUUUACAAUAUGUUAAUCAAUUUGAUUUAAUUAAUCUUCUGUUAACUUGUUCAAGAUUAUAUUUAUUAUCUAUUGAAAAAUUAUAUCAACGAAUUACAAUAAUUUUAGAAGCUGAAUUACCAAUUAAAUAUCAAGGUAAUACUUAUAAUUAUAUAAUUGAUAAUGGAAUGAAAUUUAUGGAUAGUUCAUUAAUUUUUAAAUUAAAAAAUUUACAAAAAUUUAUUAAAACAAUUAUUAAUAAUCAAUCAAUUUUACAAUUAAUUAAAUAUUUUAUAUUUGAUAAAAGUUAUGAUAUUUCAAAUAAUAAUGAUAAUAACGAUAAUGAUCAACAGUUGAUGUUAAAUUCUAUUCAAUGUCAAAUUAUGAAAAUAUUUGAAAAUUCUUAUAAUUUAAAUUUUUUACAUAUAUCAUUUAUUGAUUUUACUAAUGAUGGAAUUAAUAAAUUAACAAAUUUUUUACUGAUUAAAAAUAUUCGUCAAAAAAUGUUUAAAUUAUUAAUAACAAAUUUAAAUCAAUUAAAUCAACCAUUUAUACCUGCUAAUUUAACCAAUUUAUUCUUAUUAUUAAAUGAUGAUGAAAUACCUAAAAUUAUGGAUUUAUCAAUUUAUCCAUUUGAUUGUUUUAAUUCUUUAUUUACAUUAACUUGUUCAACAACUAAUCAAUUAGGUUUAUCAAUAUUGAAAAAUUUGAAAUUAAGUUCAAGAAAUAUGAAAUUAAAAUUAAAAGGUUUAACAAUUUUCCAUCGUCAUAAAAAUGAUUCUAUUGUAACCACCAUUGGGGAGAAAGAAGAAGAAGAAGAAGAAGAUGAUAUUACAAAAUUAGAUUUUGAAAUUAUUAAUCAAACUAUUGAUUUAACUUAUUUAUCUCAUUUAUAUUUAAAAAUUGAUUGUAAUGAACAUCGAGAUAAUUUAUGUAAUUGUUAUGAAAUUUUUUUCCAAAAAUUUUCAAAAUUUUCUAAUAAUAAUAAUGGAUUACCAAAUUUAAUUAAUUUUGAAAUUGAAUCUUAUCCAAAUAUUGAAUGGUUAAGACCUCAUCAACAAAUGGAAAAUAUUUUAAUACCAUUAAGUGGAUUUAUUAAAACUUUAAAAAAUUUAUUAAGAUUAACUAUUGAUUUUUCAACUCCAGGUUUUAAAAUGUUUGAUAAUAAUUUAAGUUUAUCUAAUUAUAUGUUAAAUAAAUUAAAUGAACAUUUAAUACAAGCAUUUUUCUUUAGUUUUGUUAUACCUAAAACUGAUCAAGAUAAUAAUAUUGAAAAACAAACAAAUCAAAUUCCUUUAUUAACUAAUUUAAAAACUUUACAAUUACCAGAUUUUUUCACAUCAUUUAUUUAUUAUAAACCUGAUUUUAUGGAAUCUUUAUUACAUACAUGUAAAUGUUGGGGUUGUCAAUUAGUUUUAAAUAAAUUAGAACAAGAAUUUUAUAAUAAAUUAAUUGAUGAAAAUCUUGAAACAAAUUUUUAUAUGACUAUUGGUUAUAUAUUAGGAAAAUUACAAGUUGAUAGAGAAGUUUGUAUUCCAAUUAAAGAGAAAACUUUUAAUUAUAAUAAAUAUCCUAUAAAUAAAGGUCAACCUCAUACUUUACAUAAUAAUUUUCAUAUCCAAAAUAACAACAACAACAACAACCAGAACAACACCAACAAUAACGAAAUUAUAAAUUGUAAUUGUCAAUGUAAUAUUAUUAAUGAUCCUUUAGGAAUUGAUGAAUUAAAUAUUGAUAAUUUAGUUACAACUUAUAUAAUUCAUCAAAUUGAUCCAAUAAUUAAUUAUUUAAAUUUAAUAUUUAUUAAUUUAAAUAAUUUAAUGAUUCAUGGAAUUUAUUAUGAAAAAAAAUUAUCAAUUAAUAAUAAAAUGAUUCCAAUUUAUGAUAAUUUAAAUUAUCCAAAAUCAUUUUUAAAUCAAAUGAAAGAUAAUAUUGAUCGAGGUUUAAAUCCUUCAGGUCCAUUUGGUAAAUUUAGAAAUGAUUGA